AUGUUCUGCCCGAUAUUAACGAUACUCAUCACCUUUGUCAACUUAUCCGCUAUCACUGCGUCUAUCCCACGUGCUUGUUCCUCUCCGGAAGACCAACAAUUCGCGUUUUGUAAUGCGUCACUAUUGGUCUCCGAACGAGUUGAGGAUCUUUUGGGCCGUCUACCGCUCGAUAUAAAGGUGACGCUGUUGACUGCACGUGCCAGCCCUCGAGGUAACAUGAGCAGCAUUGGUCUACCUGAGUACAAUUGGGGUGCCAAUUGUGUCCACGGGGUACAGUCCACGUGCGGAACCAAUUGUGCAACAUCGUUUCCAAAUCCCGUGAAUCUUGGUGCUAUUUUUGAUCCGCAGGCGGUAUUCGAUAUGGCUCAAGUCAUCGGUUGGGAGCUUCGUGCUUUGUGGUUAGAAGGAGCCAGAGAGAACUACGCUGCAGGUCCACACUUGGGGCUUGAUUGCUGGUCUCCCAAUAUCAAUAUCAAUAGAGACCCUCGCUGGGGUAGGAACAUGGAAACACCAUCUGAAGAUCCUCUGGUUAACAGUAGAUAUGGUGUGGCUUACACUACCGGGCUCCAAAAGGGGAAAGAUCCGAGAUAUUUGCAAGCCGUGGUGACUCUAAAACAUUAUGUUGCCUACUCCUUCGAGCAUUACGACGGGAUUGAUCGAAAGGCUUUUAAUGCUGUGGUAUCUAAGUAUGACUUUACUGAUACUUAUUUGCCGGCAUUUAAGGCAUCCAUUGUAGAAGGUGAUGCCAAGGGGAUCAUGUGCUCGUACAAUUCUGUAAAUGGUAUACCUAUGUGCGCAAAUGAAAAGCUGAACAAGCAAUUGUUACGUGAUACUUUGGGCUUUGAUGGGUACAUCACUAGCGAUUCCGGGGCAAUCGAGGGCAUUUUUCGUCAACGAAACUAUACUAACACGCUCUGUGAGGCUGGAAGACUCGCUAUUUUGUCCGGAACGGAUAUUAACAGUGGAGGUGUCUACCGAAAAUGUUUACCUGAGCUUGUGGCAAGUGGACAAUUGCCGGAGACGGUAGUGGACGAUGCUUUACGAAGAACUCUUAAGCUACGCUUCGAAUUGGGUUUAUUUGACCCAAUUGACGAUCAGCCUUACUGGCAUGUGGCACCUAGUGAAGUGAAUACGGCCAAAUCAAAGCAACUGAGUCUUGACCUUACUCGAAAAUCGAUAGUCUUGCUACAGAACAAUGCUAACAUUUUGCCGCUAGCUAAAGGCAAGAAAUUGGCUGUGAUUGGACCGCAUGCAAUGGCGAAACAAGCUUUGCUGGGCAACUACCUAGGACAGAUGUGCCAUGGUGAUUACUUAGAAGUCGGCUGUGUAAUGACACCAUUAGAGGCGAUUACUGCUAUGAAUGGGGCAUCAAACACUGUGUAUGCAAAAGGCUCUGGAAUAAACGACACUAUAACUACCGACUUUGCCGAGGCAAAAGCUGCUGCAUCAAAAGCAGACACUGUCGUACUUUUCUUAGGCAUUGAUACGUCAAUCGAGCGUGAAGCAGGAGAUCGUGAGAAUAUUGACGUGCCUAAGAUUCAAAUGGAGUUGCUGAAGUCUGUGCGCCUAGCAGGAAAACCAACGGUUGUCGUUUUGUUUAAUGGAGGAGUGCUAGGCAUUGAAGAGCUUAUCCAACAUGCUGAUGGUGUCAUUGAGGCAUUUUAUCCCGGCUUUUUCGGUGCACAAGCUGUAAGUGAUAUCCUUUUUGGAGAUGCCAUUCCGAGCGGAAAACUUCCCGUCACGAUGUACCCUUCGCACUACAUUGAUCGUGUAGACAUGAAGAGCAUGAGCAUGACCGAUUACCCUGGACGUUCGUAUCGAUAUUACAAGGAGGUGCCUGUUUUUCCAUUUGGUUGGGGUCUUAGUUAUACCAAAUUCACCUUAGCGUUGGAUGAAAGUGAUGAUGGAAUACAGUCGACCAGUAUUUUAGAAGUUUCGGGUGGCCAAGACCAGACAAUGUCUGUCAUCGUGUCAAAUGACGGCAAUUUUGCUGGAGACGAAGUCGUAUUUGCGUUCUUCCGGCCUUUGGACGUCAAUACAACUGCUACUGCAAAACUGUUGAACGAACAGUUGUUUGAUUACCGUCGUGUGAGUCUUCGCCCCACACAGUUCCGCAAACUUGACUUUCGCAUCCAGCAGAGCACUUUGGCCAUGGUUGACGACUCUGGCAACCACGUCUGUUUUCCUGGAUUUUAUCAGAUCAUCAUCACCAAUGGUGUGCAUGAGCGUGUAACAUUUACCAUCCAUCUCACUGGGGAUUACGAGACGCUAGAAGUUCUUCCGACUGAUGUUUCGCAGCCGGGAUUGGCAGACUCGCGUAACAUACAGACUGAUUUUCACGCGCGACCCAUUCAAUCUCAAGAGCGUGAGACAUUUCCGGUUGUGGAAUAG